UUACUUUAUUUCCUGCUGCAUUCCUGUUAAAAUAAAAUACAAAAUCAAAUGUUAUGAUUAGCAAUACUUCAUUUGAAGCUAACCUAGUUAAUGUUAUUUCAUUAAUAUAUAAAUAAGCAUUAAAUAGUUAAGUUGUUCUAUAAAAAUAUGGAACCAUCUGAAAAGUGCCAUAUUCUUGUUGGCUGCACUGGUAGUGUAGCUAGUAUUAAAUUGCCUGAACUUCUGAAGUUAUUAUUAAAGCAAGCUAUUGAUGGAAGACAUAUGGAAAUCAAGGUCAUUGCAACAAAGAAUUCCUUCCACUUUAUACCUAUGAGAGAAAUGCCAACAAAUGUUGUGAUAUAUUCUGAUGAAGAUGAAUGGGCUUGUUGGAAAGAAAUGUCUGAUCCUGUUUUACACAUUCAGCUUCGACGCUGGGCUGACGCACUUGUCAUUGCUCCAUUAGAUGCCAAUACAUUAGCCAAAAUGGCUAAUGGUAUUUGUGAUAAUCUAUUAACCUGUACAAUUCGUGCAUGGGACAGAAUGAAACCUCUAUUUUUCUGUCCUGCAAUGAAUACUUACAUGUGGGAUCAUCCACUGACAGCAAAGCAUGUAAAGGAGCUGAAAGAUUUGGGAUAUAUUGAAAUCCCGUGUGUGGCUAAACGAUUGGCAUGUGGGGAUGUUGGGCAUGGUGCUAUGGCUGAAGUUAGUACAAUAGUGCAUGAAGUGGUUUCACGCAUGUUUUAGAUGCUAGAUGUUCAAAAUAACUCAAUGUUAUACCUCAGUUUGAAUAUAUUUUUAUAUAUAUGUCACAAAUACUUUUAUAUAAAGAAUUUAUAUUUGUCAAAGUCUUAUUCUGGUAAAAUUAAUCAAUGAAAGUGUGUAAAUUAUAUUUCAUAAAAAUGAGUACAUUUAUGUGUGUAAUGGGAUUAUUCAAUUGCUGCAAAAGUAAUGAGCUUGAUGUCUUUUAUGUUCAAUUAUUGAAGACAUGCUUUGAAAAUGUAGCAUUUUCAUAAAAUAGCAACAAAAUCAAUAUAAUUAUAACAAAAUUAAUUUGUAUAAUAAUUUAAGCUUGUAUCCUGAAACAUUUUGAAUUUGCAAUCGCUGGUAUUCAUAUUGAUUAAAUAAUAAAAAGAAAUAUGAUAUCAUAAAUAAAAUUACAGUUAUUUUUCAUAUUAAAUUGAUAUUACCAAAUAUAUAUUAAUGUAUAUCAAAAACGAAAUUCAAAUGCCAAGUUUCUAAGUAAAACAACCUCAUAUUAUGAAGUUGUUUUAAUUAGUUAUUAUAUACUGUUUUGUUGCAAAGCUUAAAAAUUUGCAUUCUUACAUAUAUUUUGACUCCAUCCCUAUUAAUGGAAACAUGAUACUUCAUGUUGGCAUAUAUUUAUUUUGACAAUUUCUGCUGAAAUACAGAAAAAUGCUAAUUUAUAUUUUAUACUAUUUGUGUAACUAAUAAAAGAAUUCAAACAUAUUUGCAUUACUAAUUACUUGUACAUUAGAAAAAGAAGAUAUCUGACAAAUUUUCAUUUUUUAAACUUCAUUAUUCUAAAAUUCUGAUUAUAUCAUAAUAAGUUAUCUGAAUAUUAAUUACAUUUUACAUGCUUUCUAAUUAUUAAUUACACAAAUUACAAUUGAGAUAUAAAAUUGUAACUCAUAAUUCGAAGGCAUGUAAAAUGUCAAUGUCUUUUUCUCCUGCAAUCAUUCAUUUUUAUGAUUUUAUUUUGUUAGUUAUUCUGUUAAAACUAUGACAUGAUGUACUACAGUUAAUAAAUUGAAAAUGUACUGAUAGUUAAUAAAUUGAAAAUGUUCAUUAACAUAUUUUAUAAUGCAAGAAUGAGUAGCAUAAAGCUUAUUUGUGUUUCCUUCAAAAUUAUUGCCCUAAGUAAUUAUGCAUUUUUAUUGUUGCUCAUACAAAGAAGUAAAAAAGCAUUUUAAGAAUCCUUUUACCACAUUCUUUAAUACUUUUUGCUUCUGUUCUUUGCAAUUUGAGAAUUGUUGUUCUUUAAGCAGAUUCUUCAUUAUGGGUAAAAGUCACAUUGUGUAAGAUCAGGAAAAUAAACUAUUUGUGGAAGGAUUGUAAUGAGAUAUUUUGACAUUUAGAGAAAUCUAUUAAUUGGUAUAAUAAGGAUGCAAUUAUACUUUGGCUUAAAAUAUUGGGUGCUCGCAUCUUAUCAAAUUAUGUAAACAUUUAAGAACUUUAAUGUAUUCUUCUUUAGGGCGUGUAACUUUACUAAAGGAAUUUGUUGUGUGCAAACCCUUUGCAACUAAACACUAUCUAUCAUUUCCAUCUGACAAGAAUUUAUGAAUUCUUUUAAUCACAAACCAUGCACAUUUAUUAUGUUUUUGAAAUGAAUGAGAAGGGUUUUGAUUGGUUGAUGACAUGAUAUUCUGAUUUUUUUAAGGAAAUGGCAUAAUUCAUUUACAUUUUGAAAUAAGGCCGGGAUAGUCUGGUUGGUAGGGCAUUGGAUUUGCAUCCCUUGGGUUGCGAGUUCAAACCCCACUCGCCAAAGACUCCCCGCGUGUGCGGUGGCUGACACGCGUAUAAAUCUGUCGUGGUCACAAAGUCCUCCAUGUCGAGAGUAAUACCACUGGGGGUACUAGAUCAGGGGUGACUAUUCUCUGAUUCAUGUCUAAAUUACAAUCUGUGAAUGAAAUCCAGUAAUGAAGUCCUCCCCGUAAAAAGGGUUGUGUUGUGUGUGUAGUUAAGUCGUACUCAUGGCCCUGGAUGGCGCUACUGUAAAAACAAGAGAUGUACCCUUGGCUUAAAACCACAAAUGACUUCUUAAAGUCAGUGGGCUUGUCUAUGACAAGUGCCAUUAGAAACAACAUUUUGAAAUUUUUUUAAAGUUUAGAUUAUUUUGAAUGUAAUAAUAUUAUGGAAUAUGAUUUAUUAUGAAACACUUUAUAACAUGAAUUUUACUAUAAAAAACUUUAUAUUCUUAAGUUAAACACAAAACAAAAUAUUUACUACAUUUUUGUUAUAUAAUGUACUAAGUCUGGAAUCUCUAUGGAAAUCUAAUGAUAUCCCUCUAAGAUUAAUUUUUACUUUUAUUAUUUUCUCUAAUUAAUGCCUUUAUUACUGAGAAUUAAAGUGCAAUGAUUUUGAUGUAAAAUACUUAUUGAAUGAAAUUACUUGAUAUUAGAUUUUUUUUAUUCUUACCCUGGGAUUAAUUCUCAAGAUAUUAGAUCUUUGAUAGUGUCGAUGCAAUAUACCUGAUGAUUAGAUUUAAAGCAAGCCUAUCCAUAGUAAUGCUGGAGGAAGGGGUUACUUAAUGGUCAUAAUUCUGGCAACAUACAUUUUAGAAAACAUACGAAGUGGAUCUGAAAAAUUCCAAAAAUGUAUGAAAAAUGAAUAGAAUGUACUAUAAAUAUAAUUUGAUCUUUUGUUGCUUAAAAAUGUAAUCUUAAUUGUAACAAAAGAAAUAGGAAGUUCAAUGUAUAUUAAAAAUUAUUAUAACUAUCUAAAUCUCAAUUUAUUGCAUACAUUUUAGGUAAACUAAGAUAAAGAUUUUAUAUAUAAAAAAAAUCAUAGUCUAUAAUGAUAUAAUAUACAAGGAUUUGAUUUAUAUAUAUAUUAUCGUGUAAAAUGUUCUAGCUGACAGUAUUUAAUUUUUGGCAUAAACUUAAAGAAAUUUCUUUUUAAGGCAGCUGCUAUGGAGUUACUGAAAAUAUUAAAUUGUUAUCAGUAGAAGUUAACUAUUUAUUUUUAUUAACCUAUUCUCAUAUAAAAUAUAUUUGAAUUUUUUAAAUAAAUUAUUUGAUUGAGAAGAUUUGAGAGCAAAUAAUAAAGUAAUAGUGAAAUUGGGAAGAUUGAAAGAAAUUGUAAAAAUAAAAAUAGAAUUUUAUAAGAACAUAAAGCAUAAUAUUUGUUUUAUCUUGUAUAAAUGCACUUUAUUUAAUAGUGUUUAUUAUUUCCUUUUAAAAAUAUUUUUAAUGAUUUUUUGGAUCAUGUGAUUAUUAAUAUUUAAAUAUUUAUAAUGAAAUAUUUUUCAUU